AUGGCUACAGAUGAAAUGGGAGCCCAUCAUUCGGCAGCAGACGGCCGCCACAUUACAGUGCAGCCGAACUUGUCCGACAACCCUAUUUUGGCCUGGGAAAGGCUGAGAGUGAAGCAAGAGGUGGAGAAAGUGACACCCCUCGACCCCAGCAGCCCAGUGCCGACAGACUGUGUGAGGUUUGUGUGCAUCUCAGACACCCACAACACAGUGGAGCAUGUCCCAGACAUUAUACCACAGGGAGAUGUUCUGUUACAUGCAGGGGACUUCACAAAGAUUGGGACGCCCGCUGAGAUUGACAAGUUCAAUCACUUCCUGGGAACUCUACCACAUAAGGUGAAAGUGGUUAUAGCAGGAAACCAUGACAUGACCCUAGAUGAAAACUCAGUCCAGAAUAGAAGGGAUGAUCUCUGCGGAUGGUUCAACAUUACCAACUCAAAAUUUGAGAAAUAUAUUGAGGACCACAAUGUGGGAUCGUCUAAGGAGCUACUGACAAAUUGUGUUUACCUAGAAGACAGCAGUGUAGACAUUUGUGGAAUCAAGAUAUACGGAGCUCCAUGGGUUCCUGAGUUUUGUUUCAUGGGAUUUAACAUUGCUCGGGGGCAACCAAUCCUUGACAAGUGGAACUUGAUCCCCUCGGACACAGACAUCCUCAUCACACACGGCCCCCCUCUAGGUAUGUACCCUGAUUACUCAGGUACCGCGGGAUGCUUUAUCCUGUUGAACACCAUCCAACAGCGAGUGAAGCCCAAGUAUCAUCUGUAUGGCCACAUUCAUGAAGGUUAUGGAAUGAGUACCGAUGGGACAACAACGUUCAUCAACGCCUCAAUGUGUACGUUGCGUUACAAGCCUGACAACCCUGCUGUUGUCAUCGACGUCCCUCUUCCUGACGGCCACUCGAAGGAGGAGCUGUCUGCAGUGUUCACCCCGACCUCACAUGUGGUCAUGAUGUUAAUCAGGGAUUAUUGACAGUUUCUUUGCAUAUGAUGACAAGCUGACAUGCAGUUUCCUACCUCCAUUCACUCAAAUAACAUUUAUCAAAAUAUUGUCACUUUUGUAAUCAAAUUGUGUAGAUGAAAGCAGGUAUAUUACAAAUACCUGUGAAGUGUGAACUUGUAUCAGUGGCAAUGCGUUGUACUCAUUAAGAUAUGUGUCAUUGAUUUACACUUGAGCUUUCUAUACAAGUUCAGUGAAUGCGUUGUACAGUUUAUGUUUUCAAGUACUA